AUGGUAGCUAUCUCAUAAAUUACAGUUUAUGUCUUUUUCCUAUUAGGUUAAACUGAAUUUGAAUUCAAAAAGGAUCUCUUGUUAAGUCUUAUCAUUUUUUUAUUUAUACUAUGUGCUAUUGAUCCAAGAUAUUUUAAUCAAGGAAGGAUUAAAGCCCUUUAUCUUACAAUUCUUUUUAUUUUAUCUGAUAUUACUGUCAUAUUUUAACUUAAUUAUUUCUAUAAUUUUAUUUAAUUUACUCUUUUAUUUAUGCUUAUCUAAUUUACUGAUGUUAAGUAUAAUGUACUAAUAUCAAAAAUCAUUUAUAAUGCAUUUAACCCAAUUAAAAUUAAUCAUUAAAUAUUCAAAGGUAAUUAAUAAAUUAAUAUGAAUUCAAUGAUCAUACUCACCUAAGAAUUUGAUAUUGGACCUUCAUUAUUUUCUGUAUUUAUAGGUAACUUUGGAUGCCAUAUAAUUGGAAUUGCUUCUUUGUUUUUUAAUAAGAUUAAUUAAGAUAGACAUUAAAUUAUUGGGGCCCUUAUUAUUUCUUCAAUUUCGAAUUUACUAUUAGAUUCAUUGUAAAUUCUAAAUUAUAAUUAAUCAAUUAAUAACACAAAUGAAAUGAUUGAAUAAUAAAUAGGAUUGUUAAAUAGUUUACCAUUAAAAUUACUAGAAUUGAUUUUAUAUAACUUUGGUUAUAUAUUGUUAGUCAAAGAAAUAAAGUAAAAAAGAGAGAAUUGA